AUGGCCUCGCAAGGUACAGGCUACGAUCUCUCCGCGAGUACCUACUCGCCCGAUGGGAGGAUCUUCCAGAUCGAGUAUGCGGCGAAAGCAGCGGAGAACGCAGGUACGGCGAUCGCCAUCAAGACCAAGACGGGCGUAGUCGUCGCCGUUGAGAAACUUGUCCAGUCCAAGCUGCUGGUCCCAGGAUCCAAUCGUCGGAUCUUCAACGUCGCCCCACACAUCGGUAUCGUCUCUGCGGGUCUCAUCGCGGACGGUAAGCACUUGGCCACCCGCGCUCGCUCGGAAGCUGUCUCGUUCCUCGACAACUACCGAUUCCCCGCACCGGUCAAAACCCUCGCCGACCGCGUAGCGUACUACGUCCAAGCCUACACCCUCUACUCCUCGGUCCGCCCCUUCGGCGUCUCCGCCAUCAUCGCCGGCUUGGACGACACCAAAGGACCGCAGAUCUACAUGGUCGAACCCUCCGGCGUCUUUUGGGGCUACAACGGCUGCGCCGUCGGCAAAGGCCGUCAACUCGCCAAAACCGAAAUCGAAAAACUCGACCUGGACAACCUCACCCAACAACAAGCGGUGGAAGCUGCAGCAAAGAUCAUCUACAAGGUCCACGACGAGGCCAAGGACAAGGAGUUUGAGUUGGAAUUGAGCUGGGUCGGUCCCGAGAGCAACGGAGUGCAUAGUAGGGUGCCGGACGAUUUGAGAGAUGAGGCGAUUCAGAAAGCGAAGGACGCACUAGAUGACGAGAUGGAGGAUUGA